AUGGCAGAUGAAUCGCCUGAUAUAGGCGACACGAAGCCCCACGACACUUCAGAUGCAUCUCCUACGCCUGCCUCUCCGACACCCGGCGACAACCCGCCUGCGCAGGCAAGUCAAGAUGCUGAGUCUGAAGAUGCUGGGAGCAAGGGCAGCAACAAUGGAGAUGGGGUGUCGCAUGACGAGGGUGACGAAGAAGAAGAUGGCGAUGAGGGGGAGGAGGAUGAGGAUGAAGAUGAAGAAGACGAUGAGGAUGAAGAGCCGCGACUGAAGUACGCGCGUUUGACCCAACAUCUCGCCCCUGUCUAUCGAAAUGGAGACGCCACAAGCUCAUUUCUCGUGGCUGGUGACAAGAUGAUCAUCGGAACUCAUAAUGGCAAUAUCCAUGUUAUCCAGCUGCCAGUCUUCCAGACUAUCCGAGUCUAUCAUGCCCAUUCUGCAUCCGUGACCAGCAUCUCCAUCUCCCCGUACCCGCCUCCGCUUCCCACCUUGAAACCCGAGGUCGCUGCCAGAGCAGUGGCUCAAGCAACUGGCACUCCCAUACGGCCAGAGUCACGGCAGUCUGGGUCGCCAUCCGCCGCAACAUCUAGAAAACCGAGAGAAGCACCGCAAGUCCCGAACCUCCCAUCGAACAACAUUCACAUCGCGACAUCGUCAAUGGACGGCAAUGUGUGCGUUCAGUCGCUAAUUGAUAUGAAAGAUGUCCAGCUACGGAAUUUCGCAAGACCAGUUCAAGCCGUAGCAUUGUCUCCAGACUACAAGAACGACAGAACAUAUCUUUCCGGUGGCCUUGCCGGAAACCUGAUCCUGACUGUUGGAGGACAGGCGGGCCGAAGUACGUCGACUACAGUGGGCACUGCGGCUGCAGCUUCCGGCUGGCUCGGUAGCAUGGGGCUAGGUACAAACACUGGGAAGGACACUAUUCUACACUCUGGUGAGGGUACAAUUAGUACAAUUAAGUGGUCACUCUCUGGCAAGUACGUCGCCUGGAUCAAUGAGCACGGCAUCUGGAUUAUGCGCACGAAGCUGCAUCUUGAGAGCGCUGACGCCGACGAUGCAUGGAAACGAAUUGGCCAUAUCGACAGACCGCAGACCGAUGAAUGGGAAACUAUGGCUAGUGUAUGGAAGGGUCGUGCAGAAUGGAUCGACGAACAAUCCGUUGAAGCAGAAGAUGCACAGAAAGACAGCCUUGAAGUCGCAGCAUCGCCUGCAGCAGAGAAGUUGAAACAACAGCAAGACAAGGGGAAAAAGCAGAUCGAACGCUUGCUGGUUGGCUGGGGAAGUACUAUUUGGAUUAUUAAUGUUCAUCCGGGCGACGUUGGCGUUGGCAAGCAUGUAGGAGAGAGAUCCGCAGGGCGAGCGGAGAUUAUGAAGAUACUUCGCAUGGACUGCAUCAUUUCCGGCAUUUCAUUAUAUACCCAGAAUCUUUUGUUGGUGCUUGCAUAUACAUUGCCUGAUGAGGAAGAGGAGGAGGACGAAGCAGAGGAGAAGGCGCCAGUUCGAGGUCACAAAUCCAAGCCCUCGACGGCAUCAAGCAGCAGUGAGCCAUCCGGAGGUAUUCGACGACGACAAAACAACCAGCCUCCAGAGCUUCGAUUAAUCGACCUUGUCUCGCAAGCUGAGGUAGAUAAGGACGGACUAAGCGUCAGUCGCUUCGAGCGGCUAUCUUCUGGAGACUAUCAUCUGGGAGUCCUUCCUCAACACAGCGUCUCAGCAGCUGCGUCAUCGCGGGGCGCAUUGGAAGCCCUAGCCGGGCUAGGUACUGAUAUGUGGAAUGCUGCCAUUAAUCCCAAAGCCCUGUUUAGUUCGGGUGCUAGUAUCAAGAGCAGAGACAGCGGUGAUGCUCCUUCAAGUACCAAGGUUGCUAGCACAACAGGCAGUUUGAGGCUACCACACCGCCCGGCACCUUCAGUUCAUCCCAACCUAGCUAAGCCGGGGAUCAAGAUUUUCAUUCACAGUCCUUACGACUGUAUCGUCGCAACAAAAAGAGAUCUAGGUGAUCAUCUCGGAUGGCUUUUAGAGCAUCAAGAGUACCAGCGAGCAUGGGAGCUCGUUAAUGAGCACCCCGAGAUCGUCAGCACAAGUGACAAGCUGCCUGAGCUGCAGCCCCCUUCUACACCGGACAAGUCACAUCCACCACAGCAGGUCGAUGACUUUUACGAAGAUACUGCUUCCACGAUUGAUGCCUCGAGCCGGUCUUUCAAUUCGUCUGCCGAGAGAGAAAAACGACGCAUUGGAGAGCUUUGGAUGCAGGAGCUAAUUGAAGCCGGAAACUGGACUCGGGCUGGUCAAGUGGCUGGUAAAGUAAUAGAGUCAUCCGAUCGAUGGGAGAAAUGGGUCUAUACAUUUGCUGGCUCCGACAAGUUCGACGAGAUUGUGAAUUACAUGCCAACUGAGCCACUACGACCGCCUAUCCGGAGCACCAUAUAUGAAGUAGUGCUGGGCCAUUAUAUCCAGACAGACAAACCCCGUUUCAGAGAAUUGCUCGAUCGGUGGGGACCAGACUUAUUCGAUCUGAACACUGUCUCAACGGCCUUGGAGAAUCAACUCAAAUUCCGCGAUGUCCGCGAAGAUAGCGUCGAAGAUGGUGAGAGGGGUCGCGAUUGGCGCAUUGUCAUGGAGUGUCUAGCGAAACUACAUGAAGCGAACGGACGCCAUAGAGAGGCGCUGCGUUGCUACAUUAGGCUUCAAGAUGCCGAUUCCGCAAUGCGAUUGAUUAAAGACAGUCACCUGGCUGAUGCGGUGGCCGACGACAUCCCUAGUUUCAUUGCCCUCAGAGUUCCAUCUGGGCGGGUUGAUCACAUGUCGAGGCCCGAGCUUGAGGAGGCGACGUCAGAAGCAGUUACGCUGCUUGUCGAUGAAGCCCAGCAUGGUCUCGUGCGACCCGAAGUUGUUGUUUCUCAGCUACAAGAAAGAAAGUUGAACCUCUACCUCUUCUUCUACCUGCGAGCUCUCUGGAAAGGCGAAGGCAUUCAAGAACACAUGGGUGAGAAUCGCGAUCGCCUUGUCAUGGACAGCAAGACACUGGUGGACGACUUUGCAGAUCUGGCAGUUCAUCUAUUCGCGGUGUAUGACCAACCAAUUCUGAUGGACUUUCUCAAGACAUCGACGUCCUACGCGUUUGAAAAAGCUGUGCAAGAAUGCGAGUCACACAACUAUGUCCCCGAGCUAGUGUACCUUUACGCCAAGACGGGUCAGAUGAAGCGUGCUCUGUAUCUCAUUAUAGACCGUCUCGGAGAUGUCAGCCAAGCCAUAGCGUUUGCUAAAGAACAGGACGAUCCGGAUCUAUGGGAAGAUCUACUCAAGUAUAGCAUGGACAAGCCGCGCUUCAUUCGAGGACUUCUUGAAGAAGUUGGAACAGCCAUCAAUCCGAUCAUAUUGGUCCGCAGGAUACCUGAAGGUCUAGAGAUCGAGGGACUACGAGAAGGAUUGAAGCAUAUCAUGAAAGAGCACGAGAUACAAUAUAGCAUCAGUGAAGGAGUGGCUCGUGUACUUCGAAGUGAAGUUGCAGAAGCGCAGUCUAAUUUGAGGAACGGCCAGAGAAAGGGCAUCAAAUUUGAAGUAGCGAUACAAAGCAACGACCAUGUCGACAUUGAGACUAAGGAUGUGCCAACGCCUAAAGCAGCGGCAGCUGGAGUGGAGGAAGCCGAGCAGGAGGAACAAGCUGGGGAUGACGAAGCAACGGACGGUCAGCCGAAGCAAAAGACCAGAGUCGCUAAGGAAUACCAGCCGGGUCACUGUGUCCAGUGCAAUGAGCCUUUCGCCGAGUGGGAAACGGAGACGCUUGUAGGCUUUGCUUGUGGCCAUGUCUUCCACUUGACCCAUCUCCUGGAGUUCUUGCACCCUGGCGAGCCGGUUGACAUUGAUUUUGGAUUCGGGUCGGAGGAUCGGCCAGGGAGAAAUGUGAUUGGCACCAAGGUCACGCACGCGCGGUUGUUGAAGGACCGUAUUAUGGGUGGUUGUCCUGUUUGUACCGGGCAGAAGAGCGCGGCGGUUUGA